UAGUCAAUAACAACAUUGACAGCUGUUCGGCAGAAAAAAAUUUUAUAUCACAUUAAUAGUUCAGAAAAAGAGCGUAAUAAAUAUAUUCCAGAAAUUUUUCAAAUUUAGACAGAGGAAAGGUUGCUGGCGCGUGAGUGGUAAGUGACAUCAUGCUAUUGGCGUAGAGAGAAUUAUUCAAUCGCAAUUUCUACGCUUUCAUUAACCUGACGACCAAAGGCUCUCUUUGCAAUUAUGCUCUUCACGCGCCGGCGACAACUCAAGAGCUCCGCACAAAAAAUCGCACAAAAUCAGUAACAUUCAGUGUUAAGUCGCUUACCUCUAUAGAAAAGAUAUAGUAUAUCGCUAACAAUACUUUAAGGCAGUAUAAAAUACGGACGUAAAACAAUCACAAUGUACGAGCUUCAUAGUUGGCUAAGGUCCGCUUUCUUUGCCACAGUCAUUCCCGGAACGAUCCUACUUAGUUGGCUAACUGGUCUGGUGGGUCUGCGAGCUCUCCAAGCAUGUCUGCUGAUCUUCUUCGUAAUCUUUGUGAUCCUACCGCUGAUAUUCCGGUUCUCGGUGACCUUCCAGCGCGGCAUACUAUUCCUCACAUUCGUUAAGUACCCCAAAGGACUUGAUCUCACCAAGCCGGAGAGCAUAGGGCUUUAUGCCACCCGGAAUUUUUACAUCACCGUCAAGGAUCACGAUCAGGAUGAGGAUGGAGUACGGAUUGGCGUGUGGCAUGUCCUGCCUAGCAAUGCGGUGCGGCGCUUUAAGCGCGAACUCCGCGUUGAGGAGGAAGUCGCAAAAGAUCCGGAUCAGAGAGAUCCAACAACUGGGAACGAAAAGGAACUUAAAGAUCUGGCGCCAGCCAUAAGAUCAGAAUUUCCCGUUGUACUGCCAGAAAACGAGCAGCUCUUCUACGAACGAUUGCUGCGGAUGCCAGGAGGCACUGUGGUCCUCUAUCUCCAUGGGAAUACAGCUAGUCGAGGCAGUGGUCACCGAUCAGAGGUCUAUAAGCUGCUGAGAAAGCUGAACUACCAUGUAUUCUCCUUCGACUACAGAGGCUAUGGGGAUUCCGAUCCUGUUCCACCCACGGAGGAUGGCGUGGUGCGCGAUGCCAUGAAGGUGUUCGAAUAUAUAGCCAACAUCACCUCUAAUCCGAUCGUGGUUUGGGGUCAUUCCCUGGGCACCGGAGUGGCCACGCAUAUGUGCGCUAAACUAGCCAGCUUACGGGAAAGAGGUCCCAGGGGAGUAAUCCUUGAAAGCCCGUUUACCAACAUUCGGGAUGAGAUACGCAUGCAUCCGUUUGCCAAGCUCUUUAGGAACCUGCCCUGGUUUGAUUUCACCAUCUCGAGACCCAUGUACACCAAUGAUCUGCGAUUUGAGUCUGAUGUUCAUAUCCAGCAGUUCGGACAACCCGUAAUGAUCAUCCACGCCGAAGACGAUGUUGUGGUGCCGUUCCAUCUGGGAUAUCGCCUGUAUAGGAUUGCCUUAGAUGGUAGGAGCCGCGCCUGGGGACCCGUGGAGUUCCAUCGCUUCGGUUCGAGCCAUAAAUAUGGACACAAAUACCUCUGCCGAGCACCCGAAUUACCGGGACUGAUCCAAACAUUUAUAGAGAGCUACCGGGAUGCCGUUUACUAGCCGACGUAACAUGGAUAUUAAUUUAUAUAUUAGACGAUUAUUCUAAUUUACAGUUUUUUACCGCCAUUACUGACACGUUCCAAAAUUUCCGCCCUGUGUAAGCAAAUUAAAGCAGCCGAGAAAUACGGACAAAGCUAUGAGUUUAAAUUUUUAAAAAGGGGUGCUAAAUUUCAUAGUUUUUUCUUCGUGUUGCAAUAUAAUAUUGGUUAGUUCAAAAGUUCUUAUCCCCUAAGGUUAUAAUAAAAUUGGUAGUGUAUGAUAGCUGUAAGACAAAUAAUAUGAAUAAAAUUCUAAAAUAUAUGAUCUCUA